AACUUUACAUCAGAUUCACAAGUCAAAACGGACAGAUACAUUUUUGAGAUUAGAAAACAAUUUUUAAAUACAAAUCAGUAAUUUUUAACUACUUUUCUCUGCUAAAUAUAUUUUGUAAAACAAUUUAAAAUUAACCUUUAGCAAUGGACAGUACUGAGGAAUAUCGUACACAAUGGAAAAACAAUUUUUUGGACCAUAUGAAAUCGAAAUUACAUACAAGUACAGGACAGUCAUGUCAAGAGCACACGAAUUACAUGAGCAAAUUGCCCGAAUUUGAAAAGUACAAGCAACAACGCCGGCAAGCGCAGCACACGAGCGGUGGCGAUGCAGAUCGGGCGAUCUAUGAACAUUUUCCCACGCAUAGCAGUCAAGCUGAUAGUUAUCGUGGCAGUACCUACAAUGAGAGCAGCAAUUUUAAUCGUCAUUAUCAGACCAAAUCGAAACAAGCGGCGGCAAUGCCGAUGUCUAGUACCGCUAACUCACACAAAAUGCAUGGCAUGGAUAAUAAUGUAUAUUUAUACGAGACUGAUUCGAAUAUGGGUGGCGUUGGACCGGGUUCCGAGGAGAGCACUAAAUCGCAGAAGUCAUCAAAAACAGUGGUUAGCAAAAAGAGUUCACAUGAACUACGCAAAAUGGUGAAAUCACAGUGUAAGCUACACGAAGUGAUCGAUGAGACUUUGAAGCAAAUGUGUACCACGGAACCGUAUACUUACUCCGAGGGCGCUAAUUCUAGCAUGAAAGAACAGACUGCACAAAUGGGUUUGCAGAAAACACCGGGCUCAUGCAAGCGUUGCACCGAUAAAGUGUAUACACGUUCAAGCCAAAAAGAUGUGAUGACUGAAAUGUCUAAAGGUGACUUUCUUGAAUGUCGCUCAGGCGAUACGCUAACCAUAUCGGUGGAUGAUGUUGUCAACUCUAAAGUGAUUAAUCCGAUGAUACGUAAGCUACAACGCAUGUAUCUUAACAAUUUGCGUGAAGAGAUGUCACUAAUGGAAGAUUUGGAACGUUUGCCACAUAAAGUAAAUGAGGUUUACAAAGCCACCAUAUUUAAACAGAAGGAAUAAAGACGUUAUACGACAAUGUUCUUUGUAGAAAGUUUUUUUUUUUUUAAACAGACAUGCGUGUAAUAGGCGAUGCACAUUUUAAACACAUUUUAUUACUUUAUAAAUACAAUUCAUCAACGCAUUAUUUUCGAAUAAACGAAUUUCUGAUUAUCACACCCAA